AUGCAAAGGGAUAUAUCAGUUACAAAAAAUGGAUAUCUAGUUUUUACAGAGAAUGAUUGCAGAACAGUGGAAAUCGUGAAGAAUGAAGAGAUAGAAGAGGUGAUCAGACUUCAGAACUCGAAAAUUGUUGGUGUCUGCAGCAGUAUCUCUUGUGAUCUUCUGGUUAUUAUGACCAGUGAUGACAAAAAACAAUCAAAAGUUGUUCGUUACACUGACUUCACACAGAAACAAACGAUUCAUGGAGCUAGAGCAGUAGUGGUGGUCAAUCAGACUGGGACAUUGAGAUUCAGGUACACUGGACAUACUCCUGCACCGGAAAAGAAACAAUUCAAUCCGGAAGGAAUCACCACAGACAGUCAAAGCCACAUCCUUAUAGCUGAUUUUAACUAG